UCUCGUUCUAUAGCUUAGACAUUCACGCACGCAGUCACAGUGGACUAGCUUGAAGCUUCUUGGUACACCGCUCAUAAUUUCAGCUGUUCGAUCGCCCUUUCCCAAAGCGCACGAUCUUUCCCCUAAUAUAGCUUCACAUUAUUAUUAUUCUAUCUCUUCUCUAUUCUUAUACAAAAUUAAUCCAUUAAUCAAAGUCUCGUCGGGACGGGACAUUUUCCGGCCGAUCUUUUGGUCGUGAUAAUUGACGUGUUAGACCAAACUCGAUUUCUUUUUAGUAGCUACCUUUUUCUUUAGGGAUUUUAUUUUUUUUCAUUUUUCUAGGUAAUAUUAUAAAAUUAAAUGUUCAUUUUAUUGAUUUCGUGGUUUACGUUGCUGAUUUUAUUAUUAUUUAAAUUAUUUAUAGCGAGGAAAAACAAAAGUAAAUAUAAACUUUUUUCUAUCAUUCUUUCGUAAGGCAUCUUAAAAAGGAAAAAUGGAGUGGUAGAAUCAAUAUUUAACAAAUUUAUUUGUUUUAUUUUCAAGCUUCGUUUAUUCCCAGUAUGCUUAUCCAAUUUUGUCAACCCUUCUGCGCCCAGAUUUCGGGCGUGUAUAGAUGAAGAUGGAUUUAGAAACGAUGAUUUGCUGUUGAAGAAGUGUGCUGUAUUCGGCUUCUUUCUUGUUCCUUCGUUAUAGGUUAUUGGAAAUGGGCUGUUUUCAUUCUAAAGUUGCAAGACAGCCCCCUGGACAUGAAGACCCUGUAGUUCUCGCCUCACAAACUGCUUUUAGUGUCAGUGAAGUUGAAGCGCUUUACGAACUAUUCAAAAUGAUCAGCAGUUCUGUGGUUGACGAUGGAUUAAUAAGCAAGGAAGAAUUUCAGUUGGCUCUCUUCAAGAACCGAAAGAAAGAGAAUCUCUUUGCUAAUAGGAUCUUUGAUCUGUUUGAUGUCAAACAGAAGGGAGUCAUUGAUUUUGGUGACUUUGUUAGAUCUCUCAAUGUAUUUCAUCCAAAUGCUCCUCAAGAAGACAAGAUUAAUUUUGCUUUCAAGCUUUAUGAUCUUGAUAGUACUGGAUUUAUUGAGCGCCAAGAGGUCAAGCAAAUGCUAAUUGCACUUCUGUGUGAAUCUGAAAUGAAAUUGGCUGAUGAAACCAUCGAGAUCAUUCUUGAUAAGACAUUCAUUGAAGCUGAUGUCGACCAGGAUGGUAAGAUAGAUAAAUCUGAAUGGCAAAAUUUCGUUUCUAGAAACCCAUCACUGUUAAAGAUCAUGACCCUUCCAUAUUUGAGGGAUAUUACAACUACUUUUCCAAGUUUUGUUUUUAAUUCAGAAGUUGAUGAGAUUGCUACAUAAUUGAAGCAGGAAUCGGCUUAGAAAAUUUGUGUGUUUUCCCUUGUAUUUGAUUUUUGAAAUUAACUAGUGCAGAAAGGGAAGGGAACAGUGCUUUGAUGUGUGACUGACUAUAUAAUACUUAGUUUAGUACUCGGUUAAAUUUGAAGCUUGGUGAUGUGUAGCUCUUUCCCAAAUGUGUAGAUUUAGAUUGAUUUGAUUAAUAUCGUUUUUCUUACUUUAAUUCCAA